AUGAAGACGUAUGCUUUGAUCCUCAUCGCAGCAGCAUCAGCUCUCGCUGCACCUAUCGACUCUCCACUCCUGGCAUACGGAGCAAAAUACGGUGCUGAUAAGACCGGCGUUGGACUUGGAGCUGCACUCGCGGGUGCUGCUUCUGGCGCAGGUGUGGGCGGAGGAGCUGGCAAUGGAGGCAUUGGUGGCGGAGGUGGUCUUCGCCUCGCCAAUCUAGCUGGCGUAGAAGUCGCCGGCAGCUCCACAGCUGGAACUCCAGGUGGAGGCGUUGGGCUGGGUCUAGCUGUAGCAGCACCAUACACUGGACUUGGAGCGGGGUUUGGAGCGGGAGGAAAUGGCAUUGGAGGUGGGAUCGGUCAGGGAAUUGGAAAGUGA